AAAUGGCCGAUACGGUGCGCAUGUUAAACUGACAGAGGGCAGAUCAAAUGAUUGGUGGGACUGUGCCAAAAAUGAAGGAGCUUGUGAUUUAUGUGAUAUAUUUGCGAUAACAUCUCAUCGGGGAAGCUGUGAUAACAGCAAUGGCAUCGUCUGCAACACCGACGCGUCUUUUGGUGGACCUCCAAGUGAGAGACAACAUGCUGCAAGGAAUUGUGAUCUUGGAAAGUCCCUCGGUUCUUUCGACAGAGAUUGACCGUCGGCUAGAAGAAGAUGGCCUCAAUCCUGAAUGUCCGUCUGAAGAGAAACUCUUCUAUAUAUGGAGGCUGUACCAAACUGCAGAGCACGGCCUGGUUGAGGCGACGGAAAAGCAGGAACAACUGAAGCGUUCUCAGCAGGAGGAGAUGCAAGAGGUGGAGAGUUACGUGGAGCACAUCCGCCACCUGUCUGACGAGCGGGAGGCCCUCAUACAGGAACUAGAGACGGAGAACGACCAGCUCAAGCAGGAGGUGGAGCGCUACAGGCAGGAACAGAGCGCCUCAGUUCUUCGAGAUGAGACUGCAGAGAUGCUCAUACAGCAAGGACUGGAGGAAAUAGCUCAGGCCCCGACCAGCGAACAGAUCGCAUUCCUACUCGUGCAGCGUGCGCGUCUUUUGGACGAACUUGAGGUUGAACAAGGUCGCAGCUCGUCUGUGUUAUCAGACGGACGCAUAUCGGAAGAACUUCAGCGGACGCUCGACAAAGAGCGCGAGGAAUUGCAGGUGGAGUACGAGCAACAAAGGGAGGCAACUCGGUCAGAGUUGGAGCAGAUCAAACGUGAACACGAGGAGGAAAUUAACGUUGUCAUGGACGAGAAUCAGCGUCUGGAGGAGGAACUGGACACCGCAAAGAAGCAGGUGGAAGAACUGCAGAGCAAACUGAAAGAGAUGGAUGAAGAAAGGAAGAAGGAGAAAGAAGUAUUUGAAAAGGAUCGAGAAGGCUUUGUUAGUCCAGAGGAGAGUGAGCAGUUGUCUCCCCUCAUGAAUAGUCUAGUCUCCCCAAGAUAUCCACGAGCAUCACCCAGGCAACGGCCUCCAAGUCCGGCAAGGUCACCUAACGAUGUUGCACUGCGACAAAUCAUCGCUGAGAAGACAAAACUAGAGGCAGAAAUUCUGGGCUACAAAUCAAAAAUCAAAGGCCUUGAGGGGGAAAUUGCAGCAUUAAAAACAAAGUUUACUCAGAUGGAGAAGGAUACUGAGGACUCCCAGCUUCAGCUGUCCCAGCUCCAGAUGAAGAACAAGAGCUUGAAGGCGGAGGUGGAGGAGAUGGAACAUCAGCUAGAUGAAUCUGAGACGCAGUUUGAUGAACUCAAGAAGGACAAGGAGAGGUUACAAAACACUCUUGACAGUUUGACAUCGGAGUUUAGUACACUCAAAUCGGAAAGUGCCAAAAAACACGGACUUGAUGAAACUGUGGAGAGACUCAACGAAGAAAAACGUGAACUUACUACACAAAUAGAGUCAAUAAAACAGGAAUUGGACAAAGUUAUCGCUGAAAAAGACGAUUUAGCCAACCAAAAGCUAGAACUGAGUAAAUGUGAGAUAAAGCUUACAAAUCAAUUGCAAGACUUGCGGAGUGAAUUGCAUUUAUUAAAAACCAGUAAAGACGAGAUUUCAGAACAGAAAAAUGAGCUUCUUGAAACUCGGACUUUGUUAAACUCGAAAACCUUGGAAUUUGAAAAGUUGUCGCAGGAUUCUGAGAAACUAAGUAAAGAAAAUAAGGAACUUUUGAAUAGAUUGGCGGUUUUACAGGAUGAGUUAGAAAUGACGAAAAAGGAAACACAGAACGUGGCAAAACAAGAGAUUAUAACUGGUCACAUGCGAGACCAAAACGCCAAGCUUACCAAAGAGGUGGAAGAGAUAAAAGCGAAAUUAAAAGAAAAGAAUGAAGAACUUCAGGACCUUGAAGAAAAACACAAAAGGGAAGUUGAUGAUCUAAAAGCUAAAUUCCAGUUGACAUUAAACGAGUUGAGUAAAGCAAAAACUUUAGUUGAACAGGAGCGUAGUGAAAAUUCCGAUCUCACCAAUCGGGUGCUUGAACUCGAACAACAGUUGGACGAUUUAUCAAAAACCACAGACUCAAAAGCGAGCACUUUAUUACAAACCGAAUCAAAAGUAAAACAGCUCGAAAAGCUGCUUGAGGAUCGAGAGGCAAUAGAAGAUGAAUUAAUGGAGAGUAAAAAACGUAACGAGAAGUUGCAGUAUGAAAUAGACGAGCUGGAAUCUGUGAAAAUGGAGCUAGAAGACUCUCGAGAUUUGGCUGAUCAGGAAAAGGAAAGUCGGGGCCAGCUGGAACGAAGGUACCGUGAGCUGGAACAUGAGCUGGAGGACCAGAAGGCGGAGCAUGAGAAUAUACAGCAGACGCUCACUGCUAAGGUAAAGACCCUGGAGAACAGAGUGCAGUCGCUUCAAGACGACCUGUUUGCUGCACAGGACGAGCUACAGGCAGCCCAGGAUGGACAUGAAAAGGCACUUGAAGAUGCAAAGGCUGCCCAGAUAGAACUGCAAGAGCGUCUGACAGCAGAAGAGCAGAAGUCCGUCCACGCCACCACCAAGUUGGAGGAAAAGAGUGCAGCCAAUCAGAGGCUAGAUACGCAGAAAAUUGAGAAUUUAGAAAAGCAAGUUGAAGAAACCAAAUCCCGUCUAGCAGACGCCCAAAGCAAACUCGACUCCAUGACAAAAGACCGCGACCUUAUUCAGCGGGAGGUGAAGAUGCUUCGAGAGUCAACGCGGCAGUUCGGUAUCCAGGCAACAGACACAGAGACGAUGAAACAGGAAGUGGAUCAGCUUCGGCGAGAGCUUGAGCAUCUACGGACCUCAGCACACUAUGGGGAAGAGGAGCGACAACAGCACGUGGACAAGAUACGCUACCUGGAGAACUAUGUCAGCAAACUGGAACUGGAUAACCGGGAACUUGCAAACAAGCUGCAGGAGACAAUGGUGAAACUGGAGCAGGCAGAGGAAUUGGUUAAAAGGGAGAAGAAAGAGACGAUGGACCGACAGCAGCAGGGCAGCUGGCAGCUUACACAGGUUGAGUCUGACCUUCAGACAGCUAACAAGCGUAUCCAUGACCUCAGGGAUGAAUUGCAGAAGAAGAAUAGCCAGCUCAUGAAGCUUGAGGCAGACAAGGUCGGACAGUCGGCCAAGUCAGAGAGCAGCAUAGCUCGACUAGAGGAGGAACUGAAUGAGCUGAAGACGUAUCACCGCAAGGAGGUCGACAAACUGACUGGCAAGGCAGAGCAGGCCACCAAGGAACUCAAGGAUAUAAAGAACACAAUCAGGGAUAAGGACCAGGCCAUUCUAAGCAAGGAUCACGAGUUGAAGCGAGUGAAGACGCAGAUUGAGCGACUGGAGGCGCAGUUACAGACAGAGACCAAGAUCAGAACGGACCUUGAGAGCAGGAACACCACUCUGGACCAGGAAAUAUCCAAGGUAUGGGGUCAAGUGAGAACCCUGAUGGAGAAAAACGCGAGUCUCGAGACGACCAAACGCAACCUGGAGGAGGAAAUAGAACGAAAAUCCAACACAGUGCGCCAGGCAGAGACAUCCUACGUUCAAUCCAAGGCGAGUCACGAUACCACGAUGAAGUCCCUGCAGAGUAGAGCUGAUGCUGCUGAGCGACGGAGCCUCAGAGUUAGGCCUUUUAUUAAUAAAGCAGACACGCUCCAGCGAGAGCUCCAGGAGACCUCGGUGAAACUGCAGAACCUGCAGAGCCAGGUCUACCAGGUGGAGAACAGCAAGCACGACCUGCAGGACAAGAGGGACCAGGUCUCACAGCUCAAGAACCAGCUGGAUGGAGAGAAACUGCAGAGGAAUCUUCUGGACCAGACGGUACAAGAGCUGCAGCAGCAGGUGUCCAUGAUGCGCCAGCGUGAGACCAAGGUGCUCGAGCAGAAUCGAGAGCUCCAGCAUACGAUACUCGACCUUGAGUCUAAACUGGAGGAGGUGCAAGACCGCAAUCAGACUGCGUUUGAAAUGGAUUCCACGCAUACCAAUUGGACCAAUCAAAACAUUCACACCAAUAGCAUAAGCGAGCUUCAGCAGAUUCAACAACAGCACAUGACUGAGGUCGGCAAGAGGUCAAUGAUGGAGCAGAUUCUCAAGCUGCAGUCCGACAUCAAGGAUCUCCAGUACGAACUCCUGACCGUGAACGAGCGACGGGAAAUCCUCGAUCGGAAAUACGAGGAGCGCAAAGUGCGAACAAAAACUAAACUUCUGAAGGCCAGUGAUGAUGAAGAAGAACCAAGGCCGUGGGAGACAUUUCCAUCCGAUGAUGAUAAUGAAGGGGAGUUCUACAUGAAGGAGAAGCACCGGGUGCAGGACCAGCUGGGGCGGAUGGACGAGGAUCUGCGUCUGACACGCGCCACGCUGCGCAAGGAGCUCGACUGGAAGGACAAAAUGGACAACAACUACAAAAGUCUACUGACAGAGAAACGCGACCUGCUGUCACAGUUGAACGAGAUGGAGGAAGAUAUGCGCGAGAAGAACCGCAAGGUGUCGCUAUUGACGAUGCAGACAAAAUAUUUGGAAGAGGAGAAUACGCGCCUGCUAGACCGGGUCAACUCGGUCACUCAGCAAAAACAUGGCUUGGAUAAGUUGUUGAAGGAGCAUAAGCUGGGAAAGGAACGAGAGAGUAAAAGACCGAUGUCUCCUAGCGACACCCAUCAUAGCGUUACCAUAGCAACCAGUAGUGGCCUCGGCAACAGUCUAACCUCAAGCUGGGACCCGGAUAAUCUUGUAGAUACUAUAGGGAAUUACCGGGCCCGCUCUCCAGAGCUGGAAACUGCCCUGGCCUUUGAAAACGGGCACCGGAGGUUGUACCUAGGCAACUCUUAUGUGACGGGGUCGUUGCUAGGGUCAAUGGGAGAGUCUAUUGACCUGUUCAGGGAGAAGGAUGAGGGUGGAAGUGAAUCUGACCCAGACUAUAAUGAUGAUGAUUGUGUGUAGUUACGUAGAGACACUUAAAGAAGUAUUUAGGGAAUUAAUUUUUUUGUACACGAAGGCGAGAGAAAAUUUCUGGUACCUUACAGUGCGACAAGUGUAAAAUUCCUGUACAUUUAAGGAGGAAGCAGGCUUUCGAGUACAAAAUGGCUUGAAUUUUACAAGGUGUUUAUUUCUUAAAUUAUUUUAAAUAUUGUUUUAUUAAAGCUUAUUGAAU